AAGAAAUAUAAAAGGGCGACGAUGGCUGGUUGGAAUCCCUGUUGAGAAAGAGAACGAGGCAAGAAGUGGAAAAAGACAGAGGAGAGAGGCAGAGCAUGAAAGAGUAAAAGGGGAGGGAGAGGCACUGAGAGGAGAAAAUGAGGGGGUGUUGAGGAGGAGGGAGUCUGAGAGAAACAACUUAAGACAGUGAGAGCAGGACGGUAGAGAGUACACGGUGAGAACAGACACAGUGGGAACAAGUAAAAAAGAGAGAAUAGAGACUUGAAAUAUCCAUCACCAUCAAUCAGAAAUGACGUCACUGUGCUGGAACCUGGCUUUGCUUCUCCUUUUUGCUUCGCCUCUCCUCCACUCCCAGCUCUUCACUCACGCUGCCUCCACUUCCCCUCCCGUCACUCGUCCACGGAUCAUAUUCUUGACUGGCUUGGGCUCAGAUGAUGAGUAUGAUGAUGUGGACGACCUUGACAACCACAGCUCUCCUCCUGAAAAGCUGUACCCGGUGAAGACGACCCUUCUCCAGCAGGCACCGCAGCUCUGCCAAUACAAUCCCUGCUUGGAGAAUCAGGAGCCCUGCACCAAUCUUUCAGCAAAGACUGGGUGCCUCUGUCCUGGCGUCAGUGGGGCUGAUAAGCCUCCUCAAGCACCACGCAUCAAAGUGCUGCUGCCAGUCACUGAAGGGGAUGACAUAGGGAAGAUAGAAGUCCAGUGGUGCGCUCCGUCUUCUGUGGUGUCUGGGUACAGAGUGGUGAUUGAGGGAAAUGAGGGGGAUGCCAAGGAGUUUGGGGAUGUUUCGCGACGAGGUGUGGUCAGAUCUUUGGAAGUUGGGACUAAGGUGUGUGUGGAGGCGGUGAACAAUGCAGGGCACAGCACCCCCUCAGAGUUCUCCUGUAAGCGGUAUGACCCCCCUAAAUCUUCUAACGGUUACACGCUGGCCUGGGUCAUAGGAGGAGUCGUCCUCCUUCUAUUUCUCAUCAUAGCAGCUGUGAUCCUCUGGAAGUAUCAAAUGCGUCAAAAGGCAAAGAGAGACUCCACAGAUGGACUAGGGAACCCUUCAUACAGCACAGAGGGAACUCUGUGAUCCAGACUAGUUCAGCACAGACAAUCCAUACCAGUCACACUGAACAGGCCCCUUGAGACAGGGGGCACAGCAACGGGGUAGUCAUGAACAAAAGCCAAAUAGUUCUGGGGUGGUGUUAUGAUUGAUUGUAGAAUUAAGAAGUUGUUUACAGUCCUAUUUCAAAGAAUAUGUAAACAUUUGGGGAAAAGAGGAGUAGUGUUCAUUGAAAAUAACACUAACAAAAGUAUAAUUCAAUUAUUUUGUGGUAAGAACUACAGGUUUGUUUGCUGGCAAAUUAACCUUUGUAGGUUUAUUGUAGUGUUUUUUUUUUUUAUCAUGGCUGAAUUUAAUUGUAAAUACAUUUUUUAGGAUAUACUGACUGAAACCUUUGUAAUAAACUAAAACUUAUUUUAAUAAAAAACUGUGUGAAUGUU